AUGGAAGCUGUGAGGAAAGUAAAGAUUUGGCAGCUUUUAAACACUGCUCUGCUGAUCAAUCAUGUAACUGAUGUUCUGAUCUUGGAGGACUUGGAGGACUACUGGGAAGAAGGAGAGAGGAAGAUAAGCACAGCAGCAGCCACAGGGUGUCUCCUCCCGGCCGGGAAGCGAGGCCGGAGCCGUUCGUAUCUCCUGCCUAGAGAGCAGCGAGCGGCGGAGAGGCGCUGGCGCGGGCAGAAGGGCGCUGGGUGCUGGGUGCUGCCGGGUCCGCGCUUGGGGCUGAGAGCCGCGUGCCGACCGCGGGCUGCGGUGCCGACGGCUGCGUCUCGUUGCCAGGUGUACGUGGCGUGUCAGUCCGUGCUCGUUGUGCUGGUCGGCGCGGUGCCCCAAUACCGCGUGGAGCGAGCGACGCCUGCGGCCGGCGGGGCUCAGCGCGUCCGCUUCAUGAGCAACUUCACCUCCAUCGUGACCGAGUGGUAUCUAAUUGAACAAGAAGCCUACAAAGUGAGCCUUGCAUCAUCCCUGUUUUUUGCUGGGUUGCUUAUUGGAAAUAUCACAUUUGGUCCUUUGUCAGAUAAACUGGGCAGGAAACCAGUAUAUAUCUCAGGUCUAUUUUUUGAUAUCAUUUUUGGGUAUGUCACAGCAUUAGCUCCAAAUUAUGGCAUAUUUGCAGUUUCACGUUUUCUUGUUGGAAUUGUGAAUGGUGGAAUGGCUCUUGUGUCUUUUGUCCUGACACAAGAAUAUGUAGGAAAAUCAUUUUGGUCGUUUACAGGUUCGUUAACUAAUCUGAUGUUUGCAGUCGGCAUAGCUGUGUAUGCUUUACUGGGUUACUAUGUAAGAGAGUGGCGCUACCUGGCAUUGGUAUCCAAUACUCUGGGAGUCAUCUUCUUCCUCCUUUCUUUCAUGCUUCCAGAGUCACCUCGAUGGCUGUACUCCCAAGGGAAAACUGCAGAAGCUGAAGAUGUGAUGCAAUAUAUUGCCCUUGGUAAUGGAAAAGAAAGAUUAAAUCUGAAAUUAAAACCAAGCGCAGGAACUUUGCGGAAGGACGAAUCCCCCCCUGGUAUCCUACACUUAAUAAAACACCCAGUCCUUCGGUGGCGAACCGUCAUACUCAUGUACAUCUGGUAUGUCUGCAGCUUUGUAUACUAUGGGCUAACUUUAAAUGCUGGUGAUUUAGGAGGAAAUCUUUAUUUAAAUGUUGCUCUUUAUGGUCUUGUGGAAGUUCCGGCCUUUCCACUCUGCAUGUUCUUUAUUGAGAAAUCUUGGUCUGGAAGGCGUAAAACUAUGAUGUGGUUUCUGAUAUUUGCAGGAUUUGCCUGUAUAUUUACCAUGUUCUUGCAAAAAAAUUCUGGUUUGCUCCUCGGUCCCACCUUGUUAGCUUUGUGUGGAAAAAUGAUGGUCAGCGCUGCUUUCAACAUUGCUUACAUUUAUACAUCUGAACUGUACCCAACGGUGCUGAGAAAUGCUGGCCUGGGGGUCUGUUCCAUGUCUUGCAGAUUUGGGGGCAUUUUGGCUCCAUUUGUGCCAACUAUGAAGUCUCUUAGUCCUUCUGUACCGUUCGUGGUGUUUGGAAUCAGUGGGCUGUCUGCGGGAUUCCUGACCUUCCUCCUCCCAGAGACACUAAAUAAACCAAUUGCAGAGAGCAUUGAGGAGCUCCAGAGUCCCAAAUACAGAAUGCUUAAAGACGAGAAGGCAAACCAGCUAGAAGAAAACACAUAAGUUUCAGAAGUUCUCUCUGUAGUGAAAAAUGAAGCCUCCAUUGAGAAGGUGCAGCAACAGCUGAAGGGCAGAUGCUGGUUGUAUGUAUGUGAGCGGGAGUGUUGGAGCACUCAUGUAUAAUGCUGUUUGUAGCACACUGAACAGUUCUAUGCGGAGGCAAUCUGGGAAGGUGGAAAAAGCUGAUCAAAGCUUGAGAAGGAAGAGGUGACAAAUCUGUGCAUUAAUGUAAAGACGUAACAGAACCAUGCUUUGGAUGUUUGGACUUCUCUGUGACUUCUAAAAUUGAAAUAUUUAAUUAAUUCAUAUUACAGAAUAUAAUUGCUAGUUUCAGAUUAAGCUGUAAUGCUGCAAUUGAAUUGAGUCAAUACGUAUGAUGUCCAAGUUAGAUGGCCUUGCAUAUUCACAAGCUGCAGUUGUGGAAAGUACAUGUGUCCUGUAUAUGCUAAUUUUCUCUACAGAUUUAUUUGCCUUUAACUUACAGAAUAUUUCACAGUGUGAAGAGACCAAAGAUUUUCAUGUGUUGUUGGUCUUGGUACAUCCAGCAUAAGAAGCUUGAACAAGAGAAUAAAUUAAUUUCCUUGUGGGACGAAUUUUUUGAUAUGGUUGAGCAUGAAAAGGCACGUGAAAUUACAAUAACACAGCAUGGGAAAAGUGAUAUCAAACCUUUAAGGGGAAGAAAAAGUACAUUUAAAGGAGAGGAUGAGUAGUCUUUCAGUCAAAGGUUAUUUGAUUUAGCUGUACAUGUUGAACUGGAAAUGAUCAAAUGUGUCAUAUAUUGUAUAAUACAUGUAAUCCAAUAAAUUUCCCAUAUGGACUGAAUGUUCUCCAGCACUUAGGCGAUGCAUAAGGGCAGAUUGUGUGUGUAUUUAUUUUCUCGGGCUGAAACUUGAUGGCAAACAACCUACAGAAUGUGCUGCAAACCUUUAUCUUCUGGUUGACUUACUUAACAUUUUUGUGAGGUGUUAUUGUGAGGAUUAGAACUGAGUUUGUGAAAAUUGUUCUGAAUAAUAUUAAUGCCUUCUGUUACGGUAACAUUUAUAACCAUAGCGACUAAUUAUACUUCUUCAAAGGAUAAUUGGUUCAGCAGGGAUAUGGUACAAAAAAAAACAAAAAACAAAAAACAGCUUCUGUUACUGCUGACUUUUUUAAUUAUAAUAAAUAAAAUUUAGUAUGAAAUAGAACAAUAUCAAGUUGUAUUCCCAAGGCUGAGAAGAGACUGGAACAGGAGGAUCGUGAAGGAUCAUCUGGUAGGAAUCAUUACCCCUCAUGCCACGUUAAAUGGAUCAGCCUAUACCGGAGCAUUUUUUUCCUGUCUUUUUUGCAUCCUGUGAAAAAAGAAAACCAACCAACCAACCAAACAAAAAAAACAAAAAAACCCAAUAACCAGGAAACAAUGAUCAUUUGCAUUUUGAACAUGUUUAUUUCUGCUUUAUUUGAUCUGGAAUAAAAGAUUUAUUUACUCGA